AUGGACUGGUAUAGUAACUCACACCAUAGGAAGAGAGGCUCAAUAAGUAGCAGUAGCGCCGCCACAAGUGGUGCAGGAAAUCAUAAUAGUAGUGAUAACAAUAACAACACUAACAAUGGAUACAAUGCGAGCCCAUCACUGAUAAUUCCAGCAACAGCAACUGCAACAGCAACUGCAACAGGUUCAAAUUUACCGCCUCCUAGUUCUUCAGCAUACACAGCGAAUUACUCACCUUUGUUACCAUAUGCAAAUUUCCCAACAAGUGUUGUUGCGUCACAAUCAUCCUUGUCUAAUGCACCACCACCAACAUCUUCUUCAAUGACGAAUCGCAUACCUCCCCCACAUCACCUGAAUCAACAUCAGCAUCAGCACCAGCACCAGCACCAGCACCAGCACCAGCAUCAGCAUCAGCAUCAGCAUCAGCAUCAGAAUCAGAAUCAGUUUUCACAACAGGAUCUGCCGUACUUGUCCAAGGGAACGACAUUAAACGCUCCAUCAGUUUCAUAUCUGCAAGCUCCGUCGCCUUCAAUUUUGGCAAGUCCCGGCAAGAUGAACCACGCAGCAGCAGCCACUAUCGCCGCAAUUAACGCCCCCCUAUCACCAGCUCAUACAUACCAAUCAGUCAGUGGACUUAUGACUGCGGGGACAACACCAGGGAUGGCUCCAAUUUCCUCAGCGGGACUAGGACUUUUUGAGCGAAAUUCAUAUUAUUUCAGUCAAUACCCGCUUUUUGCAUGUGAUUGGACUUGUCUUAAUAAUAGUAGCAACAGCUCACUAGAUUGUAUUGCAUUUGGGUCGUAUAAGGAAGGAUUCACUAAUAAACUAGAAAUUGUUUAUGGAUACCAAUCACAAAAUUAUGAUUAUGGUGGUGCAGGAAGAGGACAAGGAGCAGGAACGGGAUAUUAUUACGAAGACGAUACCAGUGGCGGAGGUAAUGAUGAGAUAUUCCUAAAGCGUGUUGCUGAUAUUAGUUUAGAUUAUCCUAUAACACAUUUGAAAUGGGACCCAAUGAUGCUGAAGUGUGGUGGCAGUGGCAGUGGCAGUGGUACGGAUAUGAUACCUCCUCAACGAUUAGCAGCUUCAAGCGAGGUGAUGCGAUUAUACAAGGUGAACAAUUUGGGGAAUGAGAAUUAUCAAUUAGUUCAGACGCAUACAUUAGCUAAUAACACUGCAAGUAGUAGUCAUUCAACUAGUAAUAGUGCCAAUAUCAACACGGCUAUUUCAGGUACUAGCGAGGAGACAAACACGUAUCCUCCCGUGACCUCAUUUGAUUGGAACACCACAGACCCGAAUAUCAUAAUCACAUCGAGUGUAGAUACUACAUGCACCGUAUGGGAUUUGAAUCGAUCACAUCCCUAUGACGAAUUUACAGACAGUGCCCUCGUCAAGACCCAGUUGAUUGCACAUGACUCGGAAGUGUUUGAUGUUAAAUUUAUACAUAAAUCCACCAAUGUGUUUGCUUCUGUAGGGAAUGAUGGAUCAAUGAGGGUAUUUGAUCUAAGAUCAUUGGAGCACUCCACAAUAAUCUAUGAGCCACUACCAUCUCCCGUGAACUCGUCAAAGGGAUCACGAUCUUCUGGACAAUCUGCCACAUCAAUUUCAGGAACUGUAAGGAUUCCUGGACAAAUACACUCAGCAAACUACAACUCAAAGGCAUUAUUAAAAUUGACCACCUCAAAUAUUGAUCAGUAUCAUUUAGCCACCAUUGGUGUCAACUCUAAUCAGAUUAUAAUUAUCGAUAUGAGAAUGCCUGGAUUGCCUUUAGCCACUAUUGAUGCAUCUACAUCAACACCGGCAAUGAGUCGGGGUGCAGGUGCUGCAAAUGUUUCUGCUGCUGGUCAAGGAAAUGGACCGGCGAUCAAUCUGAUUGAGUGGCAUCCUACUUCGAAUUAUUUGCUAAGUGGAGGAGACGACUGUCAGGUACUAGUAUGGGAUAUUAACAACAUAAAUCUGAGUGCUAGUGCCAGUUCUACAUCAAGUUUGAAUGGCAAUAAUAAUUUGCCAAUUUCGAAUGGGAAUGGCAGUGGUAUCAGUGGUGGUGAUAGAGGAAUGAGUAAUAGUGGCAGUAGCGGCAGCGCAGUAGGAUACGUUAUCGACACACCUGUUUUAGCAUAUGAGGAAGAAUUGGAGGUGAAUAAUGUAUGUUGGAGACAGAAUGUGGGUGACUAUAUGGGUGUUGUUAGUGGUAGAGGAUUCCAAGCCGUAUCGAUCUAA